GCAGGUUGUGUGAAGCUUUAAACUGAUUUCGAUUGCCAGUCGGGUGUUCGGAUCUGCAGUUCGAGGUUUUAGUCGACAAAUGGCUGCUCUUCCGGAAGUUGUGUUCGUUUUGGGGGGUCCUGGUUCCGGCAAGGGAACGCAAUGUUCCAAGAUCAUAAAAGAGUUUGAAUUUGUGCAUCUUUCUGCCGGUGAUCUGUUGAGAGAUGAACAAGCUAACAAAGAGUCUGAAGUUGGCCAGUUGAUUGAGUAUCACAUUGUGAAUGGAACUAUUGUGCCAGUGGAAAUAACUUGCGAGCUGCUUCAUAAGGCGAUGAAGGCAAGUGGAAAGCAUAAGUUCCUGAUUGACGGAUUUCCGCGUAAUGAGGACAAUUUGUCGGGUUGGACUAAAAAUAUGGCCGACAAGACGGUUGUGAAGCUGGUGCUGUGUAUGGAUUGUUCAGAUGACAUCUGCAUCGAGCGUUGUAUGGGGAGAGGUGCUGCUGGAUCGGGUCGCAGCGACGAUAACUUGACCUCUUUGAAGAAACGUCUGGUCACCUUCAGGUCAGCGACGUUGCCCAUAGUGGAGCAUUACGAUAAAUUAGGCCUUUUGCGUAGGAUCAACGCCGAACGACCUGCGGAACAAGUUGUAUUUGCGUUGCUGUGUUACUUCGGUGUGAUGAUUGUGACUGUGCAGCCGUUUUUGGAGCCCCGGGGUUUCAUCAGGGCCCUGGAAUUCAUUUUCGCCAUAGCUGCAUUUGCUUCCGUAACGAACUUCGUUGGAUCCAUUGGCUUCGAUUAUGACUGCGGUACUGGGAAAACGGAAGCUGUCAGACUCACUGUUCCGUAUCCAUUUCACUUGGGAUCUCAUUCUGAAAAUAAAAUCCUGUGCGGAGCGACUAAGCCGACCAAGUUCACGUUCUUUGGAGACUAUUCUUCGGAUGCGCAGUUUUUCGUCGGCACUGGCGUCCUUUCCAUGUUGUGGGCAAUGAUCACGGUCGCUGUUUAUUUGUUGGGCGAGCAAAACUAUCGGCUGGACAAGCGUCUUCGAUAUGUGGAUUUUGGACUUACUCUGGUUCUCGCUACUUUCUGGUUAGCCGGCAGUGGAGCUUGGGCCAAUGGUCUCAGUGGUUUGAAGCAUGAAACUGAUCCAGUGGAAUAUAUCAGAACCCCGCAGUUUCUCUAUGGUUUGGACAUGGCGAAGCUUCACAAUCCUCGGAGUGGAUCAUUCGCAGCCCUCACAAUCUCAGUCCUCCUUGGCUUCCUGAACUUCAUCAUGUGGACAGGAAACACGUGGUUUUUGUACAAAGAGCUAAAAGACGAACAGGGCGAAAAUGGCGUGCCGAAUCAAAGCGUUCCUGCGGCCGCCGGACCGUGAGAUCGUUAUUUAUGUUUUUGUUCCAUCGAGGAACGAUUAAAAAAAAAGAAAAAAAUAACUUAUUCGUCCAUUUUAUCAAGGUUUUAAAUUGUUUGUUUCCCGCGAGAGAAGAAUAUUUCCUACCUGUGGCCUUUUUUUUAUACGCUAUUUCUGUUGAUCUGAUGUUUGUUGUUAUUGCUGCUGCCUAAAAUUGUGCCUAUCGGAGAUUCGUAUCUUAAUCGAGCUUUUAUUUUGAUUGUUGUAAUGAUUCAGCACGCAUUCCGAGAACUCCUUGUGUUCAUGUUCCUGUGCGGAAGUAUGUGCUCAUGGAUCAGUGUAAGAAUUCGUGUGAAAUCGAGUUUUUUGAUGUGCCUUAUCACAGUCUUCCGAAUACAGAUACUGUACUUAACAUUACUUGAAUGUGCUGAUCGGAAAUGAAAGAAAGAGAGCAGAAA